AUGCCCUCUCCCUCUCAUCUUCCUUCUUCGUUCCAACGUCAAUGCAACGACACCCUCCCUUCAAUCCAAACGGCACAGGUCACAUCAUUUGGUGUUCGUCUUCUCUUCAAUCAGAAAGAAGUGGAAGCAAAGGGAGUCACUGGACCUUUUGCUAGCCCACCAUUUUCUGAAGUUGAGAAGUUAGGGCAUCUAUUUCUGAGCUUGACAAGCCAUGGGGCAGACGCUAUGGAGCCAUUUACCGCUAUUGGUUGGGUCCAAUUCGAAAGAUUCGGUUGA